AACGCGCGCACCCCAAGCUCCAGGCGGGACUUCCUCUCUUCAGCGGAUACGACACUGGGAUAAGCUGGCAGAAAGGGCUCGGUCGGGGUGUCACCGGUACAUCCGUGCCCCUCCAUACAACAGACAACCUGGUUGACGACGCCGCUGUCGCCGAAGCCCGCUUGAUGCGCCUCCUCCUCGGCUAUGCUGCCCUGAGAGUCACCGCCUCGCCGAAAUGUCUGAUGUCAACAAGACUGUCCAGAAAUGGCACGCCAGUUUUAAGAAAGGCACAGACUUUGACUCGUGGGGACAAUUAGUGGAGGCUAUAGAUGAGUACCAAAUUCUAGCGAGACAACUGCAAAAAGAGGUCCAGUCAACAAAUUCAUCAGACUUCACGGAGGAGCAAAAGAAAACCUUAGGCAAGAUCGCAACAUGUCUGGAGAUGAGGAGUGCCAGUUUGCAGUGCACUCAGUCAAAGGAGGAGUUCAAAUUAGAAGACCUCAAAAAACUGGAAACCAUAAUUAAGAAUAUACUUUCCUACAACAAAGAAUUUCCCUUUGAUGUGCAGCCGGUGCCCUUAAGGAAAAUCCUUGCUCCAGGUGAAGAGGAGAACCUUGAGGUAGAAGAGGAGGAGGAAGAUGCUGCAGCAGGAGCAGGUUCAGCAGACUUUCCACCACGAGCUCCUGGUACCUUGUUGCCACGGUUACCUUCAGAGCCUGGGAUGACGCUACUCACAAUAAAGAUAGCAAAAAUUGGGUUGAAGGAUGCCGGGCAGUGCAUUGAUCCAUACAUGACCAUUAGUGUUAAAGAUUUAAAUGGUGUCGAUUUGAACCCAGUACAGGACACCCCUGUGGCCACCAGAAAGGAAGACACCUACGUUCACUUCAGUGUUGAUGUAGAGAUCCAAAGACAUGUGGAGAAAUUGCCAAAAGGCGCAGCUAUCUUUUUUGAAUUCAAGCACUACAAACCCAAAAAGAGGUUCACCAGCACAAAAUGUUUUGCCUUCAUGGAAAUGGACGAGAUCAAACCCGGACCGAUUGUAAUUGAACUGUACAAGAAGCCCACAGACUAUAAAAGGAAGAAACUGCAGCUUCUCACAAAGAAACCACUUUAUCUCCAUCUUCAUCAGACAUUACAUAAGGACAGCUAAGUCACCACCUCUAAAUCUCUCUAAUCCGCAUCCAGCAAAAUGUGGUGUACCCUCUCAUCACAUUCAGCAAUACUAAAUUAAGGCUGUGGUAUUUUAUUUUCCCCAUACCUUAGUCGCUUUAGUUCACACUUAGAUUUUUAUAUUCUUGAUUUCAUUCAAAAGUGCAUUUCAAAACACCCAAAAGAUUUUUUUAAAACUAUUUGGAUGUAAUGCAGCAAUAGCAUGUUGAAACAGUUAAACCUCCUCAUCUGUAGUCUUCCUUUGCUCACUGAUUUGGGGAAACGAGGACACAAGUCACCGUAGCUGCUUAACUGGAGCUGAGGUCUUUACAGUUUGGCUCGUCAUGUCUGUGCCGUAGGACUUUGGACUGUCAGGCAAAAGUCAGCAGCACGUUAACCCUUCAGCAUUCAGCCCCUGCUUUCACUGCAAGAGACUGGAAGCGUUCUGUGUAGGGGACUCGGUGAAAGCAACGUGGAGCACACAGUGAUGAUGAAGUAUGUGCCUCUACAAACGCAAAAUGCUACGUGCACAUGCCUAUCACAAAGUACUACUUCUGUGGUAUUGGUAUCUUAAAAAUAGUUUACGCUGUUUGAGGUUUUGUGCUUUUUAACAUUGUUUGAUUAUUGCCGGUGCCGUUUACAAUGCAGUGGCAGGUCAUCUCCCCUCUUAUUUUACCAGGAAAAGCAAGAAUCUCUUUUCCAAGAACGUCCUGUUCAAAACAGACAGCAGCACAAAAUGUGUGCCUGUGAGUGUGACCACUUUUCAUGGACUUGUUAAGGAAGUAAUGGGAAAUUCACCAAGGCUAUUCCCUACAUGAACUGAAUGCAAAUCAGCCUCUGUUUUUUGGGGCUACAAGGAGAAUUAUUUGGGGGUCAUUCCAGAAUUGGAGGACAUUUGGGCUUCAAAAUUUUUGAAAAAUCAACCUUCUCUUUUACAAUUUUCUGCUACAUAUUCAUCAAUAGGAGGUAACAAACUAUCUAAGUUUUGAUUGGUUCAGCUUACACAUCAAUGAUACCAUUUUUAUUCCAUGUUUUAUUUGUUUGCUAGCCCUACUCUAAUCACAGUAGCAGGGUUGCUAAUCCAUGCUAAUGUUAGCUUUUUCUCAGGAGUAGAUUCUAGAUAUUUCGCUAGCUGUUACUGCUGACCAAGAGGACAAAUUUACUGAUGGGGAAAAAAGUAAAGUAAUUAAUGUUAUCCUGACAAUAUGAGGUAGAGUGAGACAUUGAAUCAAGACUGACAAAGUUGUGAAAUCAUGAAAAAGAGGAGAAAAGACAUGGCUUUGUUCUACCCAUUCUUUUGGAAAACUUUCAGAUGUUAAUUUCAGCAUUUCGCACGAUUCACUGUUUUCUUCUUCUAGCAGCUAAAAGGUUUUGCUGACAGGGUUGUUGUGGGACAUACGUUUCAUACAUAAUAAUUAUUAUUUAAAACAUGUUUAAUAAAACAAAGUUCCCACAAUUAGAAGAGACAUCAAUGACAAAUAUAAUACCAGAAAAAGGAGAUGCAAUUUUUAUUUUAACUGUUUUAUUUUAGGUUCAGUUUGGUCAUCAUGGGGGUGGGACGGGAGAAAAAUGGCAUUUUAGGGGAAACUCCAGACUUAUUUGGCAUUUUAAAGAACAUUUUCAAACAUUCUUCUCUCUUUUUUUUUUUUUUUUUUUUAAGAAUUGGUCUCAAGACAAGUAACUUUAAACAACAAGUGCACGUUUUAGCAUUUUGUACAUGGAUUAUUUGAAAGUUGAUGGGUAGGAUGUAAAAUGUCCUCCAAUUCCAGAAUGACCCAUGGAUAGUUCAGGAUGGUCUACAGAGUCUCAUAAACAAACUGGAAGGGCAUCCUCCAUCAAGGCGAAUAUGUUGUUUGCAGGUUUAAUGAAUGUGAUCUGGCUCUGUGCUAGAAUGAGCCACUCCACCACCAAAUUUCAUCAAAUUCAACUUGGCAAUUUUUGGAAAUUCUUGCAGACACAAAUCAAUGGCAAUGAUCACACAGCCCUGCCUUGACCGAGGAAUGAAGAUGAUCCAUAUAACAUUUAACAUUGUGAAUUAUAAAACUAUCAAGUUCAUAUUGUUUGGCAGUUAAUUUUUUUCUUUAUUUUUGUAAAAAGGGUCUAGGAAUGUAAGUUUUUCUAUUCUUCUUAUUACGUGCCUGUCAUGUAUUCCAUCUCACCAUUUUACAUUAUAGUUUGUUUUGUAACAACUUUAAAGGCAAGUCUCUUAUUUAAAGGAAUAGUUUUUGUACUUUCUGACUGACAGUUACAGAAGUGGAUCAAUGCCAAGCUCACAGUUGUGUAGUAAAUGUGAAACUACCACAUGAAAUCUGCCCAACAGCACCUGUACAGCUCAGUUAUUAACACGAUGCACAGUACCGGUCAAAAGUUUGGACGCGCCUUUUGAGGGUUUUUAUUUAUUUUGAUUAUUUUCUGCAUUGUAGAUUAAUGCUGAAUACAUCACAACGAUGAAAGAACACAUAUGGAAUUAUGUUGAAAAAUGGUUAAAUGAACCAGAAUAGCUUUUAUGUUACAGAUUCUUCAAAGGAAUAACCUUUUGCUUUGAUUACUGCUUGAUUAGUGCUGCUUUGAAGAAUCUAAAAUAUAAAGCAUAUUCUGGUUUGUUUAACACUUCUAUUUUCAGCAUAAUUCCAGAUGUCUUCAGUAUUAAUCUGCAAUUUAGAAAAUAAUUACAACAAAUGAAAACCAUUGAAUGAGAAGGUGUAUCUUUUGCCUGAAAAAUGAAACUGUAUCCCUUUAGAAGAGCAUUAGUAUUGUGAUGUCAAAACUAAAGAAUUAUGUUCAGAUGCCUUUUAACGGGAUCAAAAAAAAAGAUUAUAAUACAAGUCCGGUCCUUGCAGUGGUACACUACAGACUCUAAAGUGGAUUAUUAAUUUUAAAGAUGCAGUUAACUGUUCAAUCUACAUUUACGUUUUAACAGAGAGUUAUAAUACAUGUAAAGUGAUAAUAAAAGAUAACAUUUAUGACGAUGAAGACAGAUUUAAAUACAUUUAUUUGUGUUAACCCAGAAUUAAUAUGACUAUGAACCAAGAGGAAGUUAACCAUUCAGUUGCUACACAUCACUGUCACUACUGCAGUGUGGAUAUAACCCGAGGUGUUUAAAUACUGAAGGUUUUAUAAAUGUAUAAAGAGUAAAAUGGUUGAAUGCUG